AGUCAGUGGUACACCUCUUCUUCUACGACAUUUGUCAUUGGUUGAUGUGUGCUGUGAAUGCAGAUAAAUUCCUUUAAGAGGCAGUCUAGACUCAGCUGGCUGUGCUGCUCGCUCUCUCUCUCUCUUUAUCUCCCUCGCUCUUGGUGGUUAGCUCGCGCCGUCCUCUCUCCUGCAACACCACCACAACCUGCCGAUUCCUCAGUAAACCUCUUCUGCUCCUUCUCUUCCCCUCUCCUCGUUCAUCAUCAGUUUUCUUCCCGUCUCUCUGCGUAAUUUUAUUUCUGAUCAAUCACUCGCCACUCUAUUUCCCAGUCUGUUUUCUUUUCCAUACUGCCAUUUCCCUCUGUCCCCCUCUACCUCCCCUCAAAAAAUACAUUUCGUCUUUGACGUUUAUUCAUUUCCACCACUGUCCCAUCUCCUCUUGAUGUGAAGUGUCAUGAAGGUGAAAGAACGUGCAGACCGACUGUCUCACACUAAGCUAUGGAAUGCUCUCUGCUCCCACCAUCACUAACCUCCAAUCUUUGGACUGAGCUCCAAACGCUUAGUUAGCGGCUGUGCUUCUCCCCUCAGACUCUUUAUAACCAGGGGACGAAGAGAAGGUGUGGGCUUACCAAGUCCUCCGCUAAAAACGCACAGAGCACUUCAUCUUUUUUUUUCUUCUUCGUCUUUUUUUGUAGAUAUUUUAAGCAGGAUUUUUGUUUCUUUGCAUAUUUUUCUCACCUGAAAUCAUAUCAAGAUGGAUCUGGAGUCGUAUCUGUGGAUGGUGGUUAUUGGCUUCAUCAUUGCCUUCGUCCUGGCAUUUUCAGUCGGAGCUAAUGAUGUGGCCAAUUCAUUUGGCACAGCAGUGGGAUCCGGCGUGGUCACUCUGAAGCAGGCCUGCAUCCUGGCAUCCAUCUUCGAGACGCUGGGUUCAAUGUUGCUCGGGGCCAAAGUGGGAGAGACGAUUCGGAAGGGCAUCAUAGAUGUCAGCCUCUACAAUGACACGGUGCCCGUGCUCAUGGCAGGCGAGGUCAGCGCCAUGGUUGGGUCAGCCGUCUGGCAGCUAAUCGCCUCCUUCCUCAAGCUCCCCAUCUCUGGGACUCACUGCAUCGUUGGCGCCACCAUCGGCUUCUCUAUGGUAGCCAUCGGCACAAAGGGAGUACAGUGGAUGCAGCUUGUCAAGAUUGUGGCGUCUUGGUUCAUCUCCCCCUUGCUCUCUGGACUCAUGUCUGGACUUCUCUUUAUGCUCAUCAGACACUUCAUCCUCAACAAGGAUGACUCUGUUCCAAACGGAUUGCGAGCAUUGCCCCUCUUCUACGCCUCCACCAUUGGUAUCAACACAUUCUCCAUCAUGUAUACUGGAGCUCCAUUGCUCGGGUUGGAGAUGCUACCGGUGUGGGCCAUCUUUCUCAUCACUUUAGCUGGCUCGCUGGUCUGCGCAGCUCUGGUCUGGAUAUUGGUCUGUCCCUGGAUGAGGAGAAAGAUUGCAAGUCGUUUAAAGAAAGAGCAGGCUCUGUCGAGGAUUUCUGAUGAGAGCCUGGAUAAGAUCCCUGAAGAGGAGGAGGAGAGCCCCGUCUUCAAAGAGUUACCAGGGGCGAAGGGCACAGAUGAGGCUGUGAUGCCGCUCACAGGCGGCAGCAGUGACCGGGGCACCCGCGAAUCCAGCAGCGAGCUCACCAACCUGGCGAAUGGAGGCACUAUCCUGCCAAACGGCAGGGUGUAUGGUCGGACACACUCAAUGACGAACGGCAGCCUCAAAUCCCCCAUCUCUAACGGCAGCUUCAGCUUCGAUGGCCACAUGCGUAGCGAUGGCCAGGUGUACCACACGGUGCACAAAGACUCGGGUCUGUACAAAGACCUGCUUCACAAAAUCCACCUGGGCCGCAUGGAUGACAACGAGCGCUCCAACGCCGGCCCGCCUGACAACAAUUACCGCCUGCUGCGCCGCAACAACAGCUACACCUGCUACACAGCGGCAAUAUGCGGCAUGCCCGUCCAGCCGAUGCGCUCCGAAUCACGCGAGGACAGUGAAAAGCUGGUUGGUGAGGGAGGCGGCAGGAGCAACAGCGUGUCUUACUCCAAAAAGCGGAUACGCUACGACAGCUACUCAUCGUACUGUAACGCCGUGGCCGAGGCUGAGAUCGAGGCCGAGGAGGGCGGAGUGGAGAUGAAGCUUGCCACAGACCUGGAAGGGGUGGAGGAAGAAGGGGCUGCACCUCCAGGGCCGGACGACUUGGAGGAUCAGGAGGAGAAGGACAAACCUGAGGUGUUUCUGCUUUUCCACUUCUUGCAGAUCCUCACCGCCUGCUUCGGUUCUUUCGCCCACGGAGGCAACGAUGUCAGUAAUGCCAUUGGGCCUUUGGUGGCACUGUGGAUGAUCUAUGAACAGGGCGGUGUGAUGCAGGAUGCUGCCACUCCUAUCUGGCUGCUGUUUUACGGUGGUAUAGGCAUCUGUGCCGGCCUGUGGGUAUGGGGCCGCCGCGUCAUCCAGACCAUGGGGAAGGACCUCACUCCCAUUACCCCCUCAAGUGGAUUCACUAUUGAACUGGCUUCUGCAGUCACAGUCGUGUUCGCUUCCAAUAUCGGAAUCCCUGUCAGUACCACACACUGCAAGGUGGGCUCAGUUGUGGCUGUGGGUUGGAUCCGCUCCCAGAAAGCAGUGGACUGGCGCCUCUUCAGGAACAUCUUCCUGGCGUGGUUUGUCACGGUGCCUGUGGCCGGCCUGUUCAGCGCCGCCGUCAUGGCCCUGUUUGUCUACGGCAUCCUGCCCUACGUCUGAGGGCGCAGCGCCGGGAGGGAGAGCAGAGGAGGAAAAAGAGAGUCGGGGAGAGAGAGAGAGAGAGAGAGGGGGAAACUUGGGUAGAUGUCAUAUCUCGAAUGUGUGGGUUGCUGAUAGAAGAGAAGGAAGAGAGUCGAUGCACAAGGGUGACGAGGAAGAAGGGAGGAUGGUUUACAGGUGGACUUGGUUGUACUGUAGAUGUGAGGAGGGUUGGUUCACAUGCUGCCUGGCUCCGUAGUCCAGAGAUCUUUUUGACUCAUUUGAGUUCCCAAUCAGUUUUUAUUUAUUCUCUUUCUUUUUGGUGGGAUUGAUUAAAAAACAAAAGUGUAACUAGUGUACCAUUCAAUCUGCUGUACAUAAGACAAUAACAGGGGACUUACUGGUAACUUCUAACAAAACACGUGACAGUCUCCUUAAAAAACAAAACCACGUAAAUAUAAAAAAUACAGAAAUAAAAAUGAUCAAAAAGCAGUUUAUUCUGCUAACAUAAGCCAGCAGACUCGCCUGCAGUAAAUCCAUAUCCUUCUGCCUGAAAUUCUAGGCAGCACAAUCGGUCAAGUGCUUACUUUUUAUUAUCGUUAUCAUUGUUCCAAAAUGCCAGGGGUGAAAAAAACAACAACAAAACAAAACUGUACAUAUUGUGAUAUUGGGUCGAGUGUGAUUCGUUGUAUUGCGGCUUGCUUUCAAACAAAAGAAAAGAUGUGCGCGUGGUCAACCAAACCCAUCCGUCAUCUCACUUUCAACAUGCUAGCCGGUACAACUGGGGCCAAACGGAACGGACGCCUCAGAGAGGAGCGGUGAGACUGUCACUCUGCUUUUGUUUUUUUAUUAUUAUUAUUAUUAUUUUUCACAUGAUACCAUAGGAACCUAAUUUACUAAAGAGUUGAUUUUUUGUUUUUGUCAAGAGCUCCUGUAUGUUUUUAGAGAUCUCAUAUUUUUUAAUGAUGUAUUAUACUGUAAUUUGUACUGUAAAUAAUGUCCUUUAAGAGUUUGGAUGUGGGGGUCUGGGAUGGGGGAUUGGGGAUGCGUGCGUGCGUGUGAGUGUGAAUGGUUUCAGAAAAGUGGGUGGGCGGGGGGGGGGCCUCUUCACCUCAUAAUGAUGUCAGAAUUCACAGUUAGUUUCAACCCCCGCUGCUCAUGGGAAACUCCCACCGAUGAACACUUGGCAGGUUUUUCUGAAGUUGGCAGAAGAAUAUUGAUUAGAACAAAGUGUUUUGCUUUACCAAACCCAUCCACAGCAGAGGAAGUGAGAGUUGCAUUCACUGUUUUAUUGCCUGGGUGAAUUGAACAGUAUUGACAGAAGGUUCUUUUGUUAACGGCUCCCUCCUCGAGGAGAUACGCAGAUAGCGAGGGACAGUGAGGUUGCUCUUUAGAGAGCAGAACCAUGCCAAAGUAAGUUGUUGUCACCAUGUCUGUAUGCCAGAUAAAUGAGGUACAGCAGAUGCCAAAACUGAUCAGAUGUACAAAAAAUAAAGCACUGAUUAAGUUUAGUAAAAAUGUUUGCAUAUCAUCAUCCAUAUGCCUUUGACUUUGGAUAAAGCAGGAGUCAUUUCCUUAUAUCAAAGGCUCCCUGCCCACUGAUGAACCUUUACAUUUUUUCAUAUUCAGAUCAUCUCAGAUCUCGCACCGCGGUUAUCCGAGAUUAUCCGAGUCCAGGUUUCAAAUCUAACAGAGUGAGACAUGCAAAAAGCUAAGGCCUUGUGAUCUGUCAUAUCGAAUACUUAAAUUGUAAAGCGUUAUGCAGACGUCGAAAGGAAGAGGACUCAAUCCAAGCCACACGAGUAGCUCCUCAAAAUGGGCAGGUGUUGUUUGGAGCAGAGAAGCAUUUAGUCUCUCAAUCACAUCUGAUUCAGUCUAAGCGCCAUGUCAUGAGGUGUGUGAAUCACAGCCCGGUGAGGGUUUCAAGGCUGCUCAUGCCACAAAAAUAUCACAAGACUUUUGUCUUAGGACUUAAGGUUGUAUUCGGAGGUAGAACUGAUCAUCACCAGCUUUUUAAAACGGUCACCUGACCUGUAGAUGAACAAAGUCUUUUUUUUUUCUUUUAAUUUGAACAAACUCGAUGCCAGGUGUCGCAAGUUGUUUUUGUUCUUGUGGUGUGUUUCCUCAUUUCUUGUUUUGUUUGUUUGUUUGUUUGUUUGUUUUCUCUCUCUCUCAUGAACAAAUCUAUGCUUACGUAGCCACUUGCCUUGUAACUUUGUGUUUUACUUUGUGCAGAAAAAGUAAACUAAUUAUGUACUGUGGUGUUUACAUCGUAACCAUAUUGUAGAGUUAUCUGAAAAACAAAAAACCCACAAAAAAACAACUGUUGCCUAAUGAUGCCAAUGAAAGACAAACUAUUAACCGUGAGUUUUUAAGUGCAAGUAAAAAUUUUUUUAUAAAAAUAACCAGAAGUGUCUAGAGAGAAAGAGAGCGAGAGCAAGUGUGUGCGCAGUGACUCGUUUUUCAUUUUGUUUCUUGUAGCGGUAGUGCUGAUCCUGACCCCCGUCACCUUACACUGCUACUACAAUGCAUUAACACUACAUGUAUGGGUGCAAUUCAGUAAUAAAGAGGAUAACUAGAGAAAUUUCAUCAGAACUAUAUUUUUCUACCAUAUCUGAGUUUUAACCGGGAUGAGCUUCCGGACACUUUGGAGGACACUCUGUGGGGCUGAUGGUAAAAUCUGGCCAAUUGGGAUUAGUUGUUGUAAGACUGUAAUCGCAGCAAUACUGAGAAAUGGUCUUAUUUCAGGGUGCCAUGUGCCACACUUCCUCUCAGCCCGGUGGGUUCCUCUAACAUAUAGACUGAUGUGUCGGUUGCCAGUAGAUCAGAUUUUUAAAUUACCAUUUUUAUUUUUGAAUUUUUGAUGAAAACACUUUGUAAUUUUGUUUCCCUACUGCUUUGGCCACGAGCUUCAAGAGCAGCACAGCACCGUGCCAGAAAACCAUUGUGUAGGACUGACCUGAUGAAGAUGAAUGCAAUGAGUGGUAUCUGGAAACUUGAUUGUGAGGAAAUUUGUUUCCUUGUUUUUUGGCAGGUUAGCGCUGUUGAAGCUCAUGGCCUUCUACUUUUCCACAGGCUGUGUGUUGUUCAAUGGGGCUGCACAGAGCCGGUGUGUUCAAAUCCUUUUGUGUUUGUUCUCUGAUGCCCGGAGGAAGAAUAUUUAGAAGGAAUUUUGUGAUGACACAAAACAUUUAGCCUCCCCCCCCACCCAGGAAAAUAUGCAGCAGAGAUCUGAAGCUUUCAUGGAUGUUUUUUUCCCCUUUGUCUUUAAAGCAAGCCAGUGUUACGGCCAACUUCUAAUUGCUAAACAGCUGAGGCGCUCUGGCCUCAAGCAAAUGGCACAAAAAUGACAAAAAUUAGUAAAAGCAGACGGUAGCCUCAAAAAUUUUUAAAUCUCUCAUGCAGUCGUGAGGAUAGCAUUUUGUGCUAUUUUAUUUCUUUGGAUUCUAUUUUAUACUAUGGCAUUUAUAACUGCUGAAAUAAAAGCAGUUUAAACCUUAAAAAUCUAUAUUCAUAAUAUGAAGUCAGAAGCUGAAGAAAGACUCUUUCAUUUGCCAGCUUUCUACUCUGAGGCUUGUGGAAGUUUGUUGCUCUGGUGCAAGAUUUACUAAACAAUAUAAUGAGCCGGAAAAAACUUUAUUUCCUUCAUGCAUUAGGAGGUUUGUUUGUGAUUGGACUGAGGUCAGCCGGCAUGCAUCGCGUGUUUGAUUUGUGCAGUGUCACCAUCCUCUGCUGCAGCCCCCCUUUGUAACUCACACUGUCAUUUUCUAUAUUGUUUUCCAUGCAUUCUCAGUCCUGAUAGGCCAAAAGGGAUGCACUGCUCAAGAUGGGGAGGGAAAGUGAAAAUCGCCUUCUGCUGGCAGCUUUAAGUAUCUGAGAGAAAGGGCUACAUCCUGAGCCGGCAACAGGAAAUAUAUACAUCUAACGUGGUUCCCUGUAAAAUCCGAACACUUUCAAAAUUUGAUCACAAACGCAAAAAAAGAUUGGGCGUAGGGAUGACCACGGCCCCUAGAGGGCGCAGUUUGACACGUUCCCUCCCCGUAGAGAGGGACAGCAUUUUAGACGGACUGUUUCAACGAUUGGUUGAAUUGCCAUUGAGGGAGCUGCUGUGCUUCUGCCGCAUUUCAACUGUUUAUCAACCUUUUUGUAGACAAAAAACGAAACAAAAAAAACAGAAUGUGCCAUUUCUUUCUCCCUGAAUGUGCAAUACAAGCCGUUUCUCGUGAAGGUGCAACUACAUUGCCGUCACUUUAGUGGUCGUGUGUAGCUCCACCUGCCCUGGUGUAAUAGCGCCCUCUCCUGUGUGUGUGGGACUAGCACCGCCUCCCAAAGGCGGAGCAGCAUCAGCUCAGACUUUCAUCUGGAUGUGGCGUGCUGUCUCCUAGUUGUCGGGUCUGUUUUGUAAUAGAAUGUGCUCCUUGGCUGGCCUGCAGGUUUUACAGCUCUGUGAUGUCUCUUUACUGUUUACUGCUACUUAACUGUCCGCUCCUUCAGAAAUAAGAUGCAUAUAUAUAUGAAUACAAAUGAAUAAAUUAAAAAAGAAAUAAAAAAAAUCUAAAGAAACUGUAGCCUGCUUCUACAAAAUCUUAAAGCUCUUCUGAUUUGCAUAUAUCGUACUGUAAUGUUUUAUUUAAGAUUUAGUGAGAAAAUGUCUGCAUUUAAACUAAAUUAUGGGAAUUAAAAUUACAAAGAGUACCUAAAA